AUGGCAUCUUCUUCUUUCGGUAGCGAGAAGAAAUCAAUUUCAUCUCAAGUCCCAAAAUCCCAAAAACUGAUGGCAUCUUCUUCUCUCAGCGAGAAAUCCUUUCCCUGCCAAUUACGAUUGGUAUACGGUACCUGGGCUGCUGCCGAAGCCACUCCUCUUCUUGAGGAUGAUGAAACAGCGGAGUCAUGUUUGGCAAGGAUCCCUUCAACCCUGAAGAAAGGAGAUGUGCUUUAUAUUGAAGUUUGGGGAAAGGAGGCGGUAGAGAAGGCGGUGGCACUUACUGGAACUGAAGUUGCAGGACUCAAAAUUCUUGACUUCAACCAACAUUAUCUUAGCUAG